CAAAAGUAAACACAGCGCCAUCUUGUGAGUCUGCACGGUAAACCCCGUGUCUGAGAGCUGUUACAGGGUCGUCUAUGUGUGACUUCCAACAACCCACUUCUGUCGCCAGAAUCGAACAUAUUCGACUGUUUUCUGACGCCGAAGGUGACCGAGGAGUUUCUCUGGCGAUUUACAACGAGAAAAUCGCUCGAUUGUUCAGUGCGACGAGAUGGCUGGCGACCCGGUGUGACUGCUAGUGGCUAAGUGGCAGGUUACUAGCCGCUAACUUCUUCGUUUCCUCCGGGGCGGGCGAUUUUUUUCAACGACGCUUUUGAAGAAGGAGAAGGAAAGGAAAUGUCAUGCUAGCACCUGGCUAGCUGUUUCAGUUUGGCUGUGACUGCGGCAAAGCUCCCUUUCUACCCACAAACUCGAGCCGUUUUGGGAUGUGUCUUGUCGACAACUGCCCGUAUCUGUCAAAAGUCACCCACAGAGUUAAGUUUUAAUAUGUGUUCGACUUGUUCCCUUAGGGAGUGAUAUUUGUGAAUAGCAUGAAAGCACAACCAGUUGCUUGCAGUGUCUCAAACUAGUUGUUGUCAACAUACUAGUCAGCCGCUCUAUUUGGAAUCCCUGUCUUGAUAAGAGUGGUUUUCUAUUUUGCGUUUUUAUUGUGAAUCUUAACGUUUGUUUUUCAGUGUCAUGGACUUCCCGGGCCACUUUGAGCAGAUCUUUCAGCAGCUCAACUACCAGCGUGUUCAUGGUCAACUGUGUGACUGUGUGAUCGUGGUGGGCAGCCGCCACUUCAAGGCCCACCGCUCGGUGCUGGCAGCCUGCAGCACCCACUUCAGAGCUCUGUUUACUGUUGCAGAAGGCGAUUCCAGUAUGAAUAUGAUCCAGCUUGACAGCGAGGUGGUGACGGCUGAGGCUUUUGCUGCACUGGUUGACAUGAUGUACACCUCAACACUGAUGCUGGGAGAGAGCAACGUGAUGGACAUUCUUCUCGCAGCUUCCCAUCUCCAUCUGAAUAAUGUAGUCAAAGCGUGCAAGCAUUACCUAACCACGAGAACGUUGCCCUUGUCCCCAUCCUGUGAAAGACCGACUCAUCACCCAUCGCAGCAGGAGCAGCAAAGGCACCGCCAUCAACAGGCAGAGUUAGCCGUGAACAAUUCCAUGGCAGCUAAUGCUAAUUUGGCUAAUGCCGCCACAUCCAAGUUGCAACGUUCGUUUUUGCUUCAACAGCUGGGACUCAGUUUGGUGAGCUCUGCUUUAGGUGGGAUGGAGGACGAGGCUGUGGGCAGUCGAGUGGAACAAAGAGCCUCCUUCCCGAUUCGACGCUUCCAUAAACGCAAACCCAACUUAGGGUUGUCAGAGGAGAGACCCCGGCAGAGGCCACGCCCCUCAGGCGCCAACUUGGGUCUCCUGGCAGAAGGAGUGCACAGGGAACAGAAGGAUGGAGCGCUGCUGUCCCCAGACUCGCACAAAAUGGGUGAUGACUCCAAAUUGGAUGCUGGGAUUUCUGACCUGGUCGGAAUGUCUCAGGACGACCCCCAGAUGCCCAGCCAGUCAGACAGCGGGCGCUGUGAGAGAGAGGACUUCGGGAGGCUGGAGGGAGGAGUGGGCAAGGAGGAGGACAUGGACGACGGGGAUGAGCAUGACAGGACAGGCCUGAAGAUCAAAUCGGGAUCAGAGUUGGAGGAGACGGAGGAGCAGGAGCAGAAGGUCGUGGUUAAAUGUGAGCCCCUGAGCUCCCCUGAGCCAACUGAUGAAAUUAGCGACGUGACAUCACAGGCAGAGGGCAGCGACAGAGCAGAGCCUGGAGGGCAAGAGGAGGAGGAAAAGGUUGAGCUGAGCCCCGAGAGCAGUGACCGCAGCUUCAACUCUGAACCGCAGUCCAGUUCCCAGCUCCUUCUCAAGACUAGUAUCGGAGUAGGCUCUGGAGCCUUCGGGUGUAGCAGCGGGCUCACGCCCAAGCCUGGUUUCAGUAUUUCUAACUUCCUUGGAUCCAAGGAUUUUGGAAAUGCUGGCAAGGGGAUGAUCACAGGCGAGGAUGAACUUCCUAACACGACGACUGGAGAGGCAGUAUCUCAUCAUUUUCUUCUGAGGCAAGAUGCGUCCACUUCUCCUGGCUCUGCUUCUUCUUCACUGAUGCAGUCACACUCACACAGCGGAGAGAGCCGCAGCAGUUUCAGUGAAAACCUGCAGACGGACUCUCUCUUCAUCCCCCCGUUACAUGACAGUUUGGGCAGCCCCAGAGGAAACAGGGGAGUGAAUAACCCCAGUCACGCAGCUGUGGAUCCAUUCAGCUUGGACUUCCAGCGCUCCAGUUUAGGGCUGCACUCUCUCGGACGUCCAUCCCGAGGGGCGGGAGGUGGGACUCCUGCGGCUCUUGGUUAUCCUUGUUUCAGGCGUAUUGCUCCAAAAAUGGCCAGCAGCAUGGGGGGCGAAGAGGGCGUGGCUAGCGCACACCAAGAUGCUGCAUCUUCCUCUGCUAGCAUAACUAGUCCCUUGUUGCUAAAUGAGAGUGGGGGGUAUGAGAUGAACAAUGGGAGGCCCACCUCUCUUCCCCCGCAGCUGACCAGGGCGUCUGCAGAUGUCCUGUCUAAGUGCAAAAAAGCCCUGUCUGAGCACAACGUCCUGGUGGUGGAAGGAGCUCGGAAAUACGCUUGCAAAAUCUGCUGCAAAACCUUCCUGACGUUGACUGACUGCAAGAAGCACAUCAGAGUUCACACCGGGGAGAAACCCUACGCUUGUCUGAAGUGCGGGAAACGUUUCAGCCAGUCAUCGCACUUAUACAAGCACUCCAAGACCACGUGCCUGCGCUGGCAGAACACUAACAUGCCCAACUCUCUACUGUAGGACACCUUCCCAAGGUCACGUAAGAGCCCGGGUCUGUUGGUGUCUAUCAUUUAUCUCAUGAUUGCAGACCAAGGAAGGAAGAAUGUUGCGCUCACUUGUUUUCUAAUGGACUCGCUUUGCUUUAAAAGGAACCUUGAACUGACUCUGAACUCAUUGUCUAGUCUCUUGUUUCACUUGGUUGAGGAAAAUGAAUCUUUGAGAUUACAGAUGCCAUCCGAUGGUGCGUAGCACUCUUGACAGUGUCAAAGUCGGCACUUGCUAUUGUGUACACAGCAUCAAUGCCUGUUUUCCACAGCCAAGUGCUAAGAUGCAGAUGACAGUUAUUCUAAUGUGAUGUAAUGUAAAGAGUUUUAAACUGGUGCCUUUCUCUGCGCGGGGUGAAGAACAAAACAAAGGUGGGCGUCAAAAAACGUAACCCCCAAAUCAGAGGUCUUUGUUAGUGUAAGAUAAAGUUUAGGUUGAUGUGAUUACACGUUUUACCAACUGGAUUUGGUAAGAAAAGUGAAGCUAGCCAGUUCAAAGUGACGGUAGGGAGUGUGCUCUUGUUGCUCCAAAGGUUGUGGCUGCCGAUUGUCACAAUAUUGACACUGCAGUAGCUGUGCAGCUCACACACACUCUGCUACUAUGUCCAAUAGGUGCUGCAGUGAAAACUAUUGAAGCCAGUUUUAUGGUUAGACUUGUAACAUAAACGUUGCCUCAAUCUGUCCAGCGUUUUUCGUUCCUGUGAAAUGUUAAACCUGCAACCAGCGACAAGUCAUUUUAGGUAAGACUGUGAGACCUGGAAACAAUUCUGUCAAUGGUGCCUCAAUUGCAGUCCAAAAGUCAGCCAUAACAUGUUGUGAAACUAUCAGAAUGGGCGAAGAAUGACAGAGAGUGAAACUCACAGAUGAAUGUAGGAUCAGGAUAGUUACCAUUGGCGUACAGUUAAUAAAACUGUCACGCCUUAUUAGCACCUGCCGUGUCAGCGGUGGGCCAGUUCAUUUAUAAUCCACUCCAAAGAUCAAACAGCAUUGUCAACACUGAAGUGUAACACGUGAUGCUAAUGCACAUUUCUAACUGCAAAAGAUGAAAUAUUUUUAACGUUGUGAUAGGUAAUGAAGCCUGAGGAGUUUCAGGUAUGUAAAUAUUGCUUUAGAUGUCUUCAUGAAAGUCAUCAUUGUGCAUUGGUUUUUAACAGGAUACUCAUCAGUAGUAGAAAAUACCUCGUUUUAACUGAGGAAUAGUUUUUAUUCUUAAACAAAUUCAUCCUCUAUAAUGUAGAAAUCGUAGUCUCUGUCACGCUUCAUCUGGCUCGUGUAACUGCAACACUCAGAGGACACGAUUAUGACCUUCAUUUCUCUGUCAGAUAUUGAACUGCAUAUCAAUACUGUAAAUACAUACGGCAUCAAUGGUAGAUGGUUGACAUUAAUCUUAAACCAAUGUUGUUCAGUGCUGUAUAAGUCAAGCAAAUUGUUGAUACUGUUUUAAUCUGUGGUUGCUUCCUCUGUAUGCUGGCUUCUAUUGUGUCACUAACACCGCUGAAAAGAAAAUUCGGCGCCUUAUCCUACUGUACGGUCACCCCACUCUACAGGUCAACAGGAUAUGUUUGGACCCAAUUUAUAAUCCUAAAUUUGUAUGUAUUUGAUGGUAGCUAUUAUUUCUUAUUUCAACAGCACACACAUACAGUUGGCUUCUUCCUUCUGUGCUGAGAAUUGGGCCAGUUGUUGUAACAGUGCUGUCGUCUAACAUCAUUCUUCUAAAUCUAAAGUCAUGAAUCAUGCCAAAAUAGUGAAACCUCUUAGAAGGAAGACCAAGGAAGUAACUGCCUUACGCCUUUUAGCUUACAAAGCAGGGCUUUUGUUGAUGCCUAAGUGAAAUAUUUUGUGUUGUUUUCAUGUUAAAACUAACAGUGUAUCUACAAAUAUAAAGUGUUAGUGUUGUCAAGCACGUUCAGUUGUUGUUUAGACUGAAUAAAAAGACCAC